UGUCAGAUGAAGAGAUGUGUCUACUGUUGGUGAAGAACAUUCAGCAUCAUCAGGUAAUAAUCAGGUCUGUACUCCUCUUGCAGAACAUAAUGAGCGAGUCAAUUUCAAUCCUCCUUUUCGUCAAUAUGGUUGAUCUGUGUGCCUGCAUAUUUGUGAGUGCUGUGCUGUUGCAGAGAGACGGGAACGUGACAAAGGCGCUGAAGACACUGUCGGUGAUACCUCCUCUCUUGUUCGAAACAGGCAUCUACUGUAUCUUCGGUCAAAUCCUUACUGAUCAGAGUGAAAAACUGUCCGACUCUGCCAUCAGCUGUGGAUGGGUCGACUGCAAUGAGCGAUUCAAGCGUGAUUUCCUGGUUUUCCUCAUAUCCACUAGCAAGCCUUUGGAAAUCACGGUGGGCAAGAUGAGCAAGUUAUCUAAGCAAAUGUUUGUGCAGGUGCUGAAUGGAUCAUAUGGACUGCUGAAUUUGCUCUAUCACUUUCAAAGCACUGAGUAACUUGUUACUACACAUAAUGUAAAAGCAAACACAGACCAGAGUUUAU